GCUUGGGCUGCCAGAAAGUUGCUGGCGACGUUCCUAAGCGCGGUGUUUGUAAACACCGUGUAAAAAGCAAUGCUGCACUUUUGAAUUGCGGAAAAUGAAUUCCAGCGUAGUCGUGCUCGCGCUUUUCUCUCGUUUCGUGAUAUUUCUUCUUCAGAUUGCCUUCAACUGGGCCGUGCCUGACCACAACGCGGACGCUUUCCGGUCGCCCUGGCCUCCGAGCCGUGACCUGGGGGACCGCCUCGUCUCGUGGCUCUUCGGCGGCCUGACGCGCUGGGACAGUCAGUACUUCUUGCAUAUCGCCGAGCACGGCUACACGUACGAGCAGACGCUGGCUUUUUUCCCGCUGUACCCUUGGCUCGUCCGCCAGACCGCCGACGGCCUAGUCGACCCUCUCACCAAUGCCUGCCUGUCACGCCACAGCGUGCUCGUCCUCAGCGGCGCUCUCGUUAACGUCUCAUUCUUUGCCGUCGCCGCCGUGGUGCUGCACCGCCUGACCCAUCAGCUCUUCUCCAAGGAACACGCCGACGAGGCAGUCCUCUUGUUCUGUUUCAACCCAGCGUCCAUCUUUUUCAGCGCCUGUUACAGCGAAUCCGUGUUCGCAGCCAUCAGCUUCUUGGGCAUGCUGUUGCUCGAGCAGAACAGGCCGAAUCUGGCGACGUUUUUCUUCUGCCUGGGCGGCCUUGUUCGGUCUAACGGGUUCCUGUCUGCCGGAUUCCUGCUGUAUUCUGGUUUGGUCUGUGGCUUGACACCAGUUAGAUCCGUCUUCCGGGCAUCAUUCUGUAUCCUGCCAUUCCUUCUGUUCCAAUGUUACGCAUGGUCACUGUUUUGCAUACCUGACUACUCUCAGCGAUUCUCUCCUGCGGUGCUGAAUCAGGCAGCUGAGUCGGGGUUCCGGCUGGCCGGGCGUAAUGCUUCCAAGUGGUGUUCGAAUCUUCUCCCUUUCUCCUAUGGAUACAUCCAGUCACACUACUGGGAUGUCGGUUUUCUCAUGUAUUAUCGCCUGAAGCAGAUGCCCAAUUUCAUUCUUGCAUUGCCGGUCGUCAUAGUCAUCCUACAUUCCUCGGCCUUUGCUCUAAAACGAUGCAGUGACAGCCGACACAUUCCAUAUCUUUUGCAUGUGGUUGGUUUCCUGAUGAUCACAGUUCUCUUUGCAAAUGUUCAAGUGGUGACACGGCUGAUUGCUGCCUCAAGCCCAGUGUUGUAUUGGACGACAUUUCUCGGUUCCAACCAAGUUGAGAGAAAGUCUCGCUCUGUUGUCUGGGCAGAUGUUGCAGUGAACUUGUGGCAGAGUGAUAUCCAUUCUAAGCGCAUUGUCACCUAUUUUUUGGGUUAUGCAGUAUUGGGAACGGCCUUGCAUGUCAAUUUUUUACCGUGGACAUAACUAAGUUAAUUUGUAUCACCCACCAAGAAUUGUGAUAAGUUUUAUGUCAAGAUAUAUUUAUAUCCAAAAUGCCAAAAAUUGCAUCUUCAUGUGCUUUUGUGUGGCUAGUCCUAUGUGACAUUUCAUUAUUCAGGGCUCCGUCUUUUCAUAGUUUAUUUUUCUUCAAGUUAGCAGUGUGUUUCUGUGAAGUUUGUAUUGUGGCAGAAAUUUGGUGUUUAGCAGAGCUUAUUUCUCUUAAGUACCUAAUUCUCUAAAAUUUGAACUGUAAUUUUUCGUUAUUUUUAGUACUCCUCUAUCCUAAAUAGAAUUAUGUUUGAACAUAAAAACAUCAGAACUCGGGAAGUGUACUUUAGUUGUCUGAAAGUUUCGAAUGUGCAUACACACACACAAGCACAAAUAUGUGAAUGCAGAACACCUAUGCUUGUGUGUAUUACAACCCUGAAGCCUGUUAUAUAGAACACAUAUUUGACGAGGUCUCUGUAUUUGGUGUCACUAUGUGCAUUUCCGUUGCCGUCUCUUGCUCCGUGCUAGAUAAGCCCUUUGUUAAAUGUGCAUGGGUGCGAUCUGCAAGGUACGGUUUACGUGAGGUAAAGUUUAUAUCGGCCAAAUCAAUGACUGUAUCGGUGACCGCUUAGAGCAUGUUCUUUAAAGAACUGGACAAGGUCAUAUUGGCCAAUAAAUUCUAAACAUUUUGCGGGUGAAAGUUAACGGGAUCUUUACAGAUUUAUCUUAAAACACGGAGCCCUAUGUAUAAUCAAGGUCAACUUUGCUGAUAAGGCAAACGCAUCUAACUACGAAGGUUGGCACUACAAGAUGUACUCAGCAUAUGGAGUUCUGCGGGAAUAUGCAAGGUGUAAUAUGUUCAAUGAAUGGCAAGAUAUCCCUUUUACUUAUAGGUUACUGACACUUGUAGUAUCAAGGUAGCAUCGUUGGUUUGGCAUAGCACUGGAUAAAUAGACGAGGACAGAAAAGAGGCUUUACACAUACGAGCUCUUCUCCAUCCUUAUCUCCUGCCCUGCGAUGUAAUUAAUGUGUCAAAUCAGUUUUGCCGAAUCUUGAGGGGCAAAGUAAGCGAUCUGUCACAGAAAGGAGGAGGUAUGUAAUCGGAGGGAGACACACGGUAUUUGUGAAGGCUUGUCUGGAAGUCAAGAUGCGAGAAUAACUGCAGAGUGGGCAGAGGCCCCAUUGUUUCUAUGGAUUGAGUACAAAACAAUCACCGGACGAGUUGGAUUGGAUUGAAACUCAAGCGCUUGAGACUGGAAAUUUGAAUUUGCGUCUGUCAAACGCCAUUCCUGUGCCGAUAAUUCGGGAAAAUUACCAAUCAUCACUGAACGCCUCUUCAAAUUGCGACACCACCUAGCGUUUACUCAAUACACUAGAUUAAAUUUAUUGUGUCAUCGUGCUAUUUCUCAAGUUUUGAAAAACAAUGCCUGUCAAUAUAGACGUUCAGCUAUAACAUUUCUGUAUUCCUUCAUGCAUGAAAGCAUAUCUGAAUUUUCUCAGCUCGCCUUUUGGCUGUUGGCUUCCUGUCGUUUCGUCACUUCUCUGUUCUGUGAUAGAAAGCUUGCAAUAUUCACCCUGCUAGGAUGAUUAAAAUUAUGAAAAAGAAAUGCUGUUCACCUGAAUGUUUGUCAAGUGAUUCUAUUAAAGAUUACUCUUUUAGAUUGUCUUUCUGUGAUGCCAUCAUUUGUGCCAAUUCUAACUGAAGCUCAUUGUUGACAUAUUAAGAGAUGUCACCUGACAAGGUGUAGCGACUCGACGUCAGGAACUUGCAUGUUGCUUGGUCGAGCAACAAACAUAUUUCAAUGGAAUUUAAUAGCUAUUGAUGUUCGCUGUUCUUCGUUUGGUCAACAACCUGCCACACAUGGCAUCAUUACCUCUCUGACCACAUCUUCUCUUGUGUGUGUAUUACAUUAAAACACAUAGUUUAUUAUGCAGCCAGUAUAAAUGAGGUGCAUUGUUCUUGCUUUGCAGCCAUUUUUGGGGAUUCAGCAAACUGUCCUUGAUUUCAAUAUAUCUUGUUUGUAUAACAGUACAGUGGUUUCCAGCUUGUCCGUUUUUAUCGCAGCAGUAUUUUCCAGGUUUUAUUUUAUGUGUUCUGUGUGUGUAUAUAAAAAAAGGGGAAAUUAUGACGAAAUAAUGAUUACUUAUACACAAGCGGACUGUAGUGAACAUUGCAUGUUCUUUGUGCCAAAAGGCUCACUGGAGCUCAAGAACAUUCUAGUCAUUGCCUUUCGGUUGCUGGUAUAGCCAGGGCAAAUCAGUGAUGGCAAUUGUCUCCAUAUGUAGUUGCAAAUAAAUUAUUUCAUAGGGUG